UUCCCGUGCUGAGUGCGGGACGUGGGCCCCUAGUCCUGCCUCGCAGCCGCUCCCCACUGCGCCCGCUCUCAGCGCCUGCUGGCCAUGGAGUCGCUGGCUUUCCCCCGGCGCCCCGGCCCGGCUCCUUCCGCGGCUGCCGCCGUCCUGGCCGACGGGCUCAAGUCGCCCAAGCCUCUGAUGAAGAAGCAGGCGGUGAAGCGACACCACCACAAGCACAACCUGAGGCACCGCUACGAGUUCCUGGAGACCCUGGGCAAGGGCACCUACGGCAAGGUGAAGAAGGCGCGGGAGAGCUCGGGGCGCCUGGUGGCCAUCAAGUCAAUCCGGAAAGACAAAAUCAAAGAUGAGCAAGAUCUGAUGCAUAUUCGGCGAGAGAUUGAGAUUAUGUCAUCACUCAACCACCCCCACAUCAUUGUCAUCCAUGAAGUGUUUGAGAACAGCCGCAAGAUUGUGAUCGUCAUGGAGUAUGCCAGCCGGGGAGACCUGUAUGACUACAUUAGUGAGCGGCAGCGGCUCAGUGAGCGCGACGCCCGGCACUUCUUCCGACAGAUUGUCUCCGCUGUGCACUACUGCCACCAGAAUGGGGUUGUCCACCGGGACCUCAAGCUAGAGAACAUCCUCCUCGAUGCGAAUGGGAAUAUCAAGAUUGCUGACUUUGGCCUCUCCAACCUCUACCACCCAGGCAAGUUCCUGCAGACAUUCUGUGGGAGCCCCCUGUACGCCUCGCCCGAGAUCGUCAACGGGAAGCCCUAUGUAGGCCCAGAGGUGGACAGCUGGUCCCUGGGUGUUCUCCUGUACAUCCUGGUGCAUGGCACCAUGCCCUUCGACGGGCAGGACCAUAAGACGCUGGUGAAGCAGAUCAGCAACGGGGCCUACCGGGAGCCACCUAAACCCUCAGAUGCCUGUGGCCUGAUCCGGUGGCUGUUAAUGGUGAACCCCACCCGCCGGGCCACCCUGGAGGAUGUAAUCAGUCACUGGUGGGUCAACUGGGGCUAUGCCACCCGCGUGGGGCAGCAGGAGGCUCUCCACGAGGGAGGGCCCCCGGGCAGUGACUCUGGCCGGGCCUCCAUGGCUGACUGGCUCCGGCGGUCCUCCCGCCCCCUCCUGGAGAAUGGGGCCAAGGUCUGCAGCUUCUUCAAGCAGCACGCACCCGGGGGUGGGAGCACGGCCCCCAGCCUGGAGCGCCAGCAUUCGCUUAAGAAAUCCCGCAAAGAGAACGACAUGGCCCCGUCUCUCCAGGGGGACCCGGCUGACAGCACCUCCCCUCGCCCUGGCAAGGGCAACCUCAAGCUACCGAAAGGCAUUCUCAAGAAGAAGGACUCUGCCUCCUCAGAGUGGGCAGGGGAGGACCCUGAGCUCAGCCCGGCCCCUGCCAGCCCAGGCCAGGCUGCCCCCCUGCUCCCCAAGAAGAGCAUCCUCAAGAAGUCUCGGCAGCGGGAAUCUGGCUACUACUCCUCUCCCGAGCCCAGCGAGUCUGGGGAGCUCCUGGAUGCAGGGGACGUGUUCAUGAGUGGGGACCCGGCGGAGCAGAAGCCGCCCCCGGCCUCAGGGCUGCUCCUCCACCGCAAGGGCAUCCUCAAACACAACGGCAAGUUCUCCUGCACAGCCCUGCACCUCGCGGCCCCCACCACCUUCGGCUCCUUGAAUGAACUGGCCGCACCUCACCCUCCACCCCGGGCCGGCCGCCCCUCGGGAGCUGUGAGUGAGGACAGCAUCCUGUCCUCCGAGUCCUUUGACCAGCUGGACUUGCCUGAAUGGCUCCCAGACCCCCCGCUGCGGGGCUGUGUGUCUGUGGACAACCUCAAUGGGCUUGAGGAGCCCCCUGCAGAGGGCCCUGGAAGCAGGGGCCUGAGGCGAUGGAGGCAAGACCCCCUGGGGGAAAGCUGCUUCUCCCUGACGGACUGCCAGGAGGUGACCGAGGCCUACCGACAGGCACUGGGGGUCUGCCCAAAGCUCAGCUGAGCGUCAGGGCAUCGCCCUGCCGGACAGGCUCUGAGAUGCAGCUGGCAACCGUGAGGGGAGACGCCUUCUCCCUGCCUCCCAGGACCAGCUUCCCAGCCCAGAAGACACAGGGUUUGCAGAAUAGCCCUGGGGCGGGCCGGGUAUGGGAAACAUGGGCAAGAGAACACCAUGAGGGCUCAGUGUCCUCAGCCCUGCCGAACCAAGAAGACAGCAGCGGGGGAAAGUGUAGGGAAGUAGAGGGGAAGGCCCGGGCCAAGUUCAGGUUCUCUGUUGCAUGCACACAGGGUAGGACCACAGAAAUCUGGGGAAAGCACUCUUAUCAGUGCCCAUCUCCUUUAUCGCGACGAGUGCGUUCUGUGCGUGGUGCCUUCUGCCAAGGUGGGGAUGGAGACUUCUCACAUCCCCACCCCAUCCCCACCAGGCACUAAAACUGGAAUAUGGAAACUCCUCGUGUGCCUGGGACACCCCAGGAACAGUCUCCUAGAGUGUGCCUCUCCUUAUUUCUCCCAGCAGCAAGAGGACCCAACCUCCAUUUCCUCAAAGGUUCUCUCCCCUUCCUGUCCCCCCAAACCUGGCCCGAGCUUCCUGGAGUCGCUGCUAUGAAUCUAAAGACUUGAAAAGGCUCAGGCUGCUACUGGACUUCAUCCCAAGAGGCCCAGGCUCCUCUGGACCCCGCCCUGAGCCUCGAAGUCUGUGAACUUCUCCCGCCUCUAAGCUGCUCCUGCUACUGAGAAUGGAUGUCUCUGUUUCUCUGGGUCUUCAGCACCCUAGAAUGUCCUAUUUAUGUUUUCAGCUCUUUGUUCUUAAAAAAAAAAAAAGUGAAUUUUGCUGUUUUCUAUAAUGUGAAUACUAUGUUCUGGAAAGUCCGUUAUACAUCUAACUUUUGUGUACAGAGAAAUAUUUUUGCAAUGAUUCCCUACUGAUCAUGGGGAAGUGGGGGGGGGCCUUUAUAAAUCCACGGGUUCUGUUGCACUGUCCAGAGGGGGUCUCUGGCUCCCUCAUCCAUGCCCUGAUUCUAUCUACCUGAUGGUCCCUCUUCCCUUCUCUGUGGCCAGAAAACACCCACUCCAUUAAAAACCAGAAA